AGUGUAAACAGAAAGAAAGGAAAAGCUUCCGACUCGGUUAAUUAAGGGGAUAACAGAGUGGCUUUAUAACUACGUACUGCGUACAAACAGACACGUUUCCCAAAGAAAUAAAACGGGGUAGGCGAUUUAUAUGAGUUUUUUAUUUUAAAAAAUGAAGACAACCAUGGAUUUCCCGAUUAAUGUAAAGGUGAAUUACAAUGGAAAGACAGAGAGUUUCCUUGUUUCGGAUUCCGAGAGAACACCCUGGGAGUGCGUUGAAGGCAGGGUGAAAAUUUCUUUUGGUUUGAACAAUGUGCAGGUGAAAUAUUUUGAUGAGGAAAAUGAGGAGGUUUCAAUUAACAGUCAAGAGGAAUAUGAAGAAGCAAUAAAGAGUGCAGUUAAACUAGGGAAUCAACUCCAUAUGAAUGCGUAUGAGAUAAAAGGGCCUGUGGCAAGACGAGUGUGUGAGAGUGGGACAGUAAAAAGAGACUUUGAAGUCCUCAAGACUGGGAAGAAGGCAAUUCAGAACUACUCUUUGCUCGCAAAAGCUGAUGGACAUAAAAUGAUGCCUACCCAAGACAAGGAAAUGACGAUGAGAAAUGACAUCCAGUUGAACAAAGACGAUCAACAGAAUCCUCCACUUUGGUUUACUACUUAUAUGGAAACGUUCAAGGAUCAGGUGGUAAAGGAAGCCGUAGAGAAGAUCUGUCAUGAAUUCACAGAGAGGUUCAGCAUACAGCCCCUGCAACAGGGUUCCUCUAAUGAACCAGCAGGGGUGGGAAUCGAAGUCCCAGAAAUGAGCUCCAUAUCAGCCAAUGCCAGCGACUGGCUCAUAGUCUGUAGCAGCUGCCAGAACAAGAUUACAGGAAUUUGCUACCAGUGCAGUGUGUGCCCAUCCUGCACUUUGUGUGAAUUGUGUGAGUCAUGUAACUAUGAACAUGAUCCUGCCCAUUCCUUAAUAAAGUUCAGCACUCUGUUCAGCACACCAGCACCAAACCAUUUGUCUGGAAACAGACUACCAGCUGCUGGAGACCAUGCAAGGUUGCAGAAACGGAUAGACAACAGUAUCAGGAAAGCUGAAAAGCAAAGACUUCAAGCAGAAAAGAGACGGCUCAAGACUGAGGUGAAAGAGAUAAAGGAGCAACUGAAAAUGUAUCGACAGGGUCUUCACUGGAACGAUUGGAAUGAUGCUGUUUCAGAUACUACAGUACUCGAGUCAAUGGGAACCAAGCCAAGCACUAGAAUGAGCCCGAAGCUGGCGUGUAACUCCAUCGUUCCCACCAUGAGUGCUGCGUUUCUGGAUGAGAAUCUACCCGACGAGACUUGCAUUCAGCCUGGUACUAAAUUUAUCAAGCACUGGACAAAGAACACUGGCAAUGUGAACUGUAUGUUGGAAACAAAGGACCUGCUGUCUUUUGAACUGCUGGAUGUCAACAUUGUGCAGGGGUUGGAGCGAGUACCACAUAACACACCUGUCGACAUGACCCCCUGCAUGUCCCCCCUGCCCCAUGAAGAACCCCUUUUGGAGAAACCAGGACUGUGCCAGAUUGAGGAGGAGACUGAAGGAAGUGGAUUGAAGGCACUUCUUGAUGUUACACUGGGGAAGAAAAAUACAGAGAGCCCUCCUGUUGUGGAGGAUGGGGAGGAGGACAUCAGCGGGACCCAGUUUGUUUGCGAGACAGUAAUUCGCUCCCUUACGUUAGAAGAGGCACCUGAUCACAAACCACCGAGAUGGAGCAAACCUGGAUCUCCAAAGACCUCUUUGCAGGGAGAGCAGAAUGUAUUUUUUUCAAAUGACAGAAAUGAAACCAGUGGAAAAACAAGCCUGCUGUCUACAGAUGUGGAAAGAAAGAAACCUAACGAGCAGACACAGCCAGAGGAGAGUAUGGAAGCGGUCGUUGAGAGUUUCUGUCUGGACCAGGUCCUUGAUAAGGAUGUUGAGGGGCAGAAGCAGCAGGACGAUAAUAAAGAUGAGGUGCAGAGUCAGGGCUCAUCCACCUCCUCAGAGGGUUACAUCAUCAUCCUGCCAGACUGCUUCGACACCAGCCGGCCCCUGGGGGAGUCCAUGUACAGCUCAACCCUGUCUCCUCCUGAGAUUGAUGCUGGCAUAGAGACUGACACGGAGCUGGAGUGCUGGACCACCGAGGGAAAAGAGCAGGUACCCAUGCACCCAGGCAUCAAUGACAUGCUCUGCACCUCCCAAACACUGGAUACUGUGACAUUGACCCCGGAGGUGGUGUCCUGCCCAACACCCACUCGAACACAAAGAGAAGACAUCUGCCCUCAGAAGACAGAGCAUGCAAUAAGAGAAAUGCCUAUAAAUGAAGUUUAUCAGCCACGUCAGAAUAGUAUUGAAGUGUCCAAUUCUGUGCAACAUCAGUCAGUGGGACCCUCUAGAGUUAUGAAUUUAAGAAAAAAGUGUAAGCAAGAUAACAGGCACAACCGAGGUAUAGCAGGGGGGCUGGUCAAAGGAGCACUGUCUGUAGCUGCCUCUGCCUACAAGGCACUCUUCACUGACCAGCUAGCACUACCACAGCAACCGGUUGACUCUGGGAAUCAGAGCGCAACCAUGAUGGAUGUCUUGUCGGAGAUGGGGUUUGUUGACAGACAGCUAAACCAGCGACUACUGAAGAAACACAACUACAGCAUGAUAGAUGUGGUGAAUGAACUGGUGCAAAUGAGCAACAACGACUGGUAUUCGUCUCAUUACUGAUUCCACGCAUCUUUAACAGCAGAUUCUGGGGGUGGAGAGAACGCAAUAGUAAAGCACAUUUAAUUCACUUGCAUUUUCAUUUGGGACGAUUCUCUUGGUUGAAAACAGUGAGAUAUGGAAUUAGGGUGCACACAUUUUGGGCACCCUAAAUCUGCUAGAGUGUUGAGCACCUGACGGGGAUCAUAGUUAUAACUUGUAUACGUAUAUUUCUAGCACACAGCACGCGUGUACUGUGAAACCUUUCUAUACACUCUUGCAAAUCCCUAAUAAAUGCCUGCAGUAAGUGGAAGUUACAUAUAAAGUUCCAUAUAAAAUAAAAUGGACAGGCUUUCCAAUGAAGUAUCCAAUACAGAGUGUAGUAAAGAUUUGUAUUUUCGUAAUUGGCGUACCGUAUGUAGACUAAUUUAUUUUUGCAUUAAUCCGCUACAUAGGGAAAACAUUCCACCCUCGUGUUACCCUUGAU